UGCUUGACGAUUUAUUUGGCCGCGCACUGACAACGGCAACGGCUGUGCAGCACUCCAGAGCAGAGCACAAGAUCCAACAAAAUAAGAACUAAAUAAAAAGAAUAUAAUCAUAAAUAAAAUAAAGCCCAGCUGGUCGAGCCGAAAGCCAAGCAAAUACUCGCAAUUACCGUUAAACACUCCGAUAGUCGAGAUCGAAAUUCGAAAUUCUCUGCGCUGUGCCUCAAUCAUAAAUAUAUAUCUAUAUAUUUAUAAAUAUAUAUAUUUAACAGUUUGUUUUUGUUUUUGUUUUCAAUUUCAAUAACCGCCAAUUUUCAAAGUUGACGCGCUUUCAGUUCCCAAACGGCAGCUCAGCGACGCGCAUCGAGUGCAAAGUGUGAAGUGUUCAUUGAAAAAUUAUUGAAAUUCAAAAAUCCAAAGGACACUACUACAACAUAAAACAAUCAAAGUGCAACUGAGCCAAGCGCAAGAAAAGGAAAUUCCAAAACAAAAUAAAACUUAUAUAUAAAAUAUAUUAAGGCGCUAACUGCAAGGCAGGAUCAGACGGCCCGCACAACAUGCUACAGCAGCCGCUGCAGUUGAAAUCGCAGCUCAGAUAAGGAACUUCUCGACCCGAGAUAAAGAGAGAGAGAGGGAGAGAGACGCACGCACACAUACACCUUGAGCAGCAGUCACAGCGGUCGAGGUCAAGACAAACGCCGCAGGGCCGUGGGCUAGUCACACACACACACACACACACACACACACACACGCACACAUUCCACAGGAUAAGGUCACAAAAUGGUGCACGGACCGCCAGCACGCAGAAAAUCCCAACAGACGCAGCCGGGCAAUGGGAAUGGGCAAUGCGAAAUGGAUAUGGAUCCAUUGCCCACGCCCCCAGAUGGCGGCUGGGGCUGGGUUGUGGUCUUUGGCUCGUUCAUGAUUCACAUAGUCACCGACGGCAUGACCUACUCGUUUGGCAUAUUCUACAAUGAGUUUCUCACGUAUUUCAAUGAGGGCAAAGGCUAUACCGCCUGGAUAGCAUCCAUAAUGGUGGGCGUUACCUUUUCAUCCGGUCCCAUCAGCUCUUCGUUUGUGAAUCGCUAUGGCUGUCGACCGGUGACCAUUGCGGGCGCCAUUCUGGCGGCCGGCUGCAUAAUUGGCAGCAUGUUUGCCCAGAAUGUGGCCACGCUGAUAGUGACCAUUGGCUUCGGCACUGGCUUGGGCUUCGGUCUCAUCUAUUUGCCGGCCAUUGUCAGCGUAACGCAAUACUUCGAGGCGCGACGCUCCCUGGCCACGGGCAUUGCCGUAUGCGGCUCCGGCUUUGGCACCUUUGUCUUUGCCCCGCUGACGGAGCUGCUGAUCAAGAGCUAUGGCUGGCGCGGCGCAAUGCUCAUCAUUGGCGGCGUGGUACUCAAUUGCAUUAUAUUCGGCGCCAUGUUCCGGCCACUCGAGGCGCCGCGUCCCACAGUGACCAAGCGGACAAAGAAAUCGACGAUCAUGGAUCAAAAUGUCACGCCCGCCGAACUGGAGCCGCUCAAGGCUCAAGUCGCCGGAGCGAAACCAACGGCAGCGCCAACGGAUCAAUAUCUGCAGCUGCCGCCGCGACCAGAUUCGGCCUCCGGCGGCGGCGGCGGCGGGCUCUGUCGCUCCAACAGCGUUGGCCAUAAUCUCAAGCCCAGUUUGAACAACAACUCAAAUGGGCUGCUCAACGGGCAGGCCAGCCAGAUCAAUGGCCCGACGGUGGUGAAGAGCACCAGCAACGAUGACUUUGGCCGGACAUUUGCCAGCCAGCCGCAGCUGAUGCCGCUGCGCGAGACGCACCGUGAGCGCAGCGCCAGCGGCACCAUGUACCGCCCGGAUGCACUCUAUCAGGGCUCACUGCACAAUAUACCGGAGUACGCCAGCUCACGGAAUGAUCUCUCGCAUUCGCGCUCUGGUUCCGGCAUCAUCAGGCGCUACGGCUCCCUCAGACAGACGCAUCCGCUGGCCCAGAGUCAGGAGGUGACCAAAUGCUGCGGCUGCAUCAGCUGCUCGAAGGAGACGCGCGACACAUUCGCGGAAAUGAUGAACUUCUCGCUGCUGAAGGACGUGAUCUUUGUGAUCUUCUCCGUAUCGAAUUUCUGCACAAGCAUCGGCUUCAAUGUGCCCUAUCUGUACGUUGUCUCCCAGGCGGAAACUCUGAACAUUGGCAAAUCGGAGGCCAGCUAUCUGAUUGCCUCGAUCGGCGUGGCCAACACCAUUGGACGCAUCAUUCUGGGCUACAUAGCGGACAAGCCGUGGGUGAAUCGCCUGCUCGUCUACAAUGUUUGCCUAACCGCCUGCGGCAUUGCCACGGCGAUGGUGCCACUGUGCGGCGACUUCAACUCGCUGCUCAUCUAUUGCUCCGUGUUCGGCUUCACCAUUGGCGCCUACGUGGGCCUGACCUCGGUCAUAUUGGUCGAUCUGCUGGGCCUGGAGAAGCUGACCAAUGCCUUUGGUCUGCUGCUGCUCUUCCAGGGCAUUGCCAGUUUCAUUGGACCGCCCAUUGGCGGCUGGAUGUACGACAUAACCGGCUCCUAUUCGCCGGCGUUCCUCAUGGCUGGCCUGAUGAUCGCCAUCAGUGGGCUGGUCAUGUUUGCCAUUCCGCCGCUGCAGCGCUAUCAGGAGCACAAGGCCGAGCAGAAGUACAAUUCUGAGCAGCUGGCGCUCAGUUAGCUUCAUCCGGAUGGGCCUGGCACGGGGGCAGGGCUGGGCAGCGCAGGGACGCGGGGGCAGGGCAAUGUUCGACUUUGUUAAAUCAUUUUUAUUGAUUUUCAAUUUUUUAUACUCUGUUUUUUUUU